UUAAUUUAAUUUUAUUUGUAUUUCUCUGUUAUCGAAUGAAGGUCGAAUUUACUGCUAAUAAAAAAAUUUGCUAUUCUCGAACUACUCGCAAUCGCAAUUACCAUUAAAAAUAAUUUAUCAAUUAAGCACUGACUCGAAAAACACCUGCCUAAAAGUUUCCUCAACCUUUUUUUUAUUUUCUUUCAAUUUUUAUUUUUUUUCGUUAGACCAUUGCGUCUUUGUUUUUCACCGAGAGAAUCAUGGUUUCCUAUUUCCUUCCGCGUGGGAGAUUUCUCAUAAAAGCUGGAAAUCUUCGAGAAGCUCAAAAACAAACCAAAUGGCCAGUGCGCUGGACAUUCCGUCGUACGUUGACGACAAAACCCCAAGACAGCAAAGUCGACUCGCUGAUAAGCGGGACAAAGAUCCAACAGAAGUCCAGCGCCACAAUCGCGACGAACAAAGAGAGCUCACUGAAAAGACUGCGUAAUCCUUGGUUCAGCUGGAGCGGACUGUUGCUGCGAUGGGCGCCGAUGGGAUUUUGCGUAUUUGGAGCCAUCGAAUGGCAAUGGCAUCGCAAUAAAGUACAAAAAGAGAACCUGCCCAGAACUGCGUCGGACUUCCAGACGAAGGUGUAUUGCUCGCUUCCAUUGCGUAUCAUCAGUCGCUGCUGGGGAUGGCUGGCGAGUUGCUACAUUCCCACCAACCUGCGUCCAUUUGUCUACGGUUGGUACUCGAAUAGUUUUGGUGUGAACUUGGAAGAGGCUCUGCAUUCGGAUCUCACGCACUAUGAAAGUUUAGCGGAGUUCUUCACACGGCCGUUGAAGGAGGGAGCGCGUGUGGUGGAUCCUCAUUGUGCCUUGGUGUCUCCGGCCGACGGAAAGGUCCUGCACUUUAGCACGGCUUCAGAGUCCGUGGUGGAGCAGGUGAAGGGAAUCAACUACCGAAUCGACUCAUUCCUCGGGCCAAACAGCUGGGUCAAGAGCAAAGACAGCUCUGUUGCCGCCGACUAUGCUGAGGCCAUCCGUAUGAACAAAAACGAGCAGACGGCGAUCUUCCAGUGCGUGAUAUAUCUGGCUCCAGGAGACUACCACCGCUUCCACUCGCCCGCCGACUGGGAACCCCAGAUCCGUCGCCACUUCACUGGCGAACUGCUAUCAGUCAGUCCCAAGAUAGCCACCUGGCUGCCUGGGCUUUUCUGUGUCAACGAGAGAGCUCUGUACAUUGGCAAAUGGCUACACGGAUUCUUCAGCUUCACCGCUGUUGGAGCCACGAACGUCGGAUCGGUGAAGAUCUACGUCGACGAGCAACUGAAGACCAACCGCUGGGUCGGCCUGAAGGUCGGUUCGCACAAGACUUGCUCCGAGUUUGAGGAACUCCAGCUGCCAGAAGGCACCAAGCUAGGCAAGGGAGACCUGCUCGGACAAUUCAACAUGGGCAGCACAGUUGUGUUGCUGUUCGAAGCACCCAAGGACUUCAAGUUCCACAUAAAAGAGGGACAAACAAUUCGCAUGGGAGAACCUCUCGGCUAUGUGCAGAAGAAGUAACCACCUCCUCCGUCAACGUCUGGCGUUUUGUGUGGAAAUGCAUCAAUAUUUCCAGAAGAUUAAUCCUUAGGCCAUUCUGAAGCUGUUUGGUUUGUCCACUCUAAGAGUCGACCACACUCGCCACAGCGCAUUAGAAUGCUGCAUGUAUUUUUUUACUUGUGCUUUGUAUUUCUCUAGUUUGUAAGGUACAAAGAAAAUUGUUGUUGUUGUACAUUUUUCGUGAUACUAGAUAGAUUUCAAAACGUUUCUAUUUUAUUUUAUUUUUUGAAUAUUUCGAGAAGAAAAAACGAAACAAACGCUGAUAAAACUUCCAGUGUAAGUCUCAUUCGAGUAUUUUUCCUUAAUUUUGUUAUCAAAUAGAAAUUAUUUAUUAUUAUUUUAUUUUAUAAUCUUUUUCGCUUAUUAUUUGGAAUAAAUUUUGUUUUGAUGAUUUAAAAAUGUA